AUGGUUAAAUCUCGAAGACUACGGGUUUCUUCUGGAAAUCCGACAUCUAUCUGUGCAUGCGUAGAUAAACUGUGGAGCAAGUGGGUGUCUGACCACCACACUUCGCUGUGUCUAUUACGCACCACCUUCUCCAAAGAUUCACAUGGACCUUUAAAUAUUCAAGCUCAAGACUCUAAACUCGCAACACCACAGGAUACAUCUCAGUGAGGCAGGUUAUCAUUCGCCAUGAUUAAAUUCACAUUUCUUCUUUUUAUUCUAUUCCAUACGUGGAUGGACUUCAGCACCGGGCAGCGCCAAUUACGCGCGCGCAGAGGACCAUGGCGGCAUAAAGUGCAGUGGGAAAGUAACGGCCAAGUGUAUAGUUUAUUGACCACCGGCUCACAGUACCACCCGGCCGUGCAGGCAAGGAGAGGUACUCAGUUCUUUCUAACCAGACAGAGAACUUCGGCUAAUGCGAGAAGAUCCGCCGCCACCACCACCAGUACCAACACCGGGGCAUCGGAGUCAGAGUCUAGACCCAGACGGCAACACUCCAAUGCAGUGGAUUCGUCUUUGCCACCACUAUCACGGGGAUCGGUGACCGUUUUGCGUUCAACUGGUAAUUCCCGUAGAAUGGCAAACAGCCUCAUCACCGGUGACCGGUAUUUAGCAUCUUUCCGUCCGGGCGCGUUGACUCUAAACACAACUGACCCUACCGCUACUGAUGAGCCGCCUGGUGUGCAAACAACUUUACCGCAAGAAUACUCUGGGAACGAUGCUUCUAGAGGCCAACGAAGUCAAGAUGAGCCCGUGACAGCAGCGGUACGUGUCCCAACAACAUCACUACUACCAACAACAACUCCACAAGACAAUGCUGAAAUAACAACAGAACAGCCUGACACCGAGACGCAAAGAGUUAACCCGCCAUUUAACGACUCUGUGACUGUAAGUGACGGUGAAGAUCUCACACUGGCUCCCACUCCUGUGCCAAGACAUGUCGUGCCAACUGUGUUUCCUCCAGCUGCUACUUACAACAUCACAGAGGAGGAUGCUCAGCAGAUCAAUCCAGAAAACAGAACGAGUGAUCCGUCACACCCACAGAACAAGGACCACAGAAAUUCAGUUUUCCACAACGUCUAUCCGCCAAGUGGGAGAGUGAGAUCACCAGUCUUGCCCCCACCUGCAUCAGGUUAUGGGACCAGGUACUUUCAUCAUGGCCUUCCAGACCUCAUACCUGACCCUUACUACAUCCAAGCAGCAUCUUACAUCCAGCGAGUGCAGAUGUAUGCACUGAGAUGUGCUGCUGAGGAGAACUGUCUAUCUCGGUCUGCCUAUAGUCCCAGUGUGCGAGACCUUGACUACAGAGUGUUACUCCGGUUUCCCCAGAGGGUCAAGAAUCAGGGAACUGCUGACUUCCUGCCGAGGAAACCAAGACACGAGUGGGAGUGGCACAGUUGCCAUCAGCACUACCACAGCAUGGAGGCAUUCAGUAAUUAUGACCUGCUGGAAAUCUCCACGGAGAGGAAAGUGGCCGAGGGACACAAGGCCAGCUUCUGUCUGGAGGACACUAAUUGUGACCCGGGCGUCAGGCGACGUUACGCCUGCACGGCUCACACCCAGGGAUUAGGGCCUGGUUGUUAUGACACCUACCAUGCCAACAUUGACUGUCAGUGGAUUGACAUCACCGACGUCCCCCCGGGAAACUACAUUCUCAAGGUCACAGUGAACCCCACAUCCCAGGUGCCAGAGUCUGAUUAUUCCAACAACAUUGUCAGGUGUGACGUGAGAUACACAGGCCCUUAUGUUCAAGUACGCAACUGUAGAAUAACUGGGUAA